GUUGCAUUUUGGGUUAUCUUUGUUGUUGGUGUGUUGACAAAGCGAAAUACAACGCCAAAAGGUGAUUGAUGUUGUUUGUCUAAAGUUUUCACGGAAUAAUAAUGGUUAAAUACGUUUAAUUAUUGCUUGCAUUUGCACUAUUGUCGAGUAUUGAGUCAUUGACAUUGAUAAUUGCAUUUGAUAUCGUCAGACGUAUAUGGUCAGACGUCACGAUUCCAAGAAAUUUGUGAGUCAUUUGCGGCGCUGGAAGUGUUUACUUUACUAGUACUACUACUCGGUGCGGUGGCUUGUGGUACGGUACGCAGUGCCUAUCUAUGCUGUUGCUGAGCACAACAUAUACAUAAUCUGCUCUCUGUAUUCUGCUGUCAGGGCUUGUUUCGCAUACCAAGCAGUACAAUGACGACUGUAGCAAGCUGUGACUCUGAAGUGUUUAGUAGGGCUAGUGACAGUGGCAUCACUGACACUGAAGUUGAACCUAGGGAUACGUCGUUCUGUGGACACGCAGGAAACAAGAAACGAUCGCACGUUUCAGAACAUAGAUAUUGGUCGCCGAACAAGGAGCUCGUGAUUUCCCGUUUCAUCAUCGACUACUACAAGGGAGGUUUGCAAGCUAGCGAGGCUCCGGACAAGACAUGCAAGACGAUGCUGAGAUUGUGUGAUGAGAUACUCAGUAAACAUGAAAUGCAGUUCUCGGAGUUUGUCAUGAGCAUACUGAAAAAUGGCUUGGCAAACCACAGUCACGAAGUCAUCGGCAACAUCGCGCAGCAGGUCUUCAGUGAUGGAAAAGUCAACUGGGGACGAAUUGUCGCCCUGCAUUCCUUUGCUGGGAAAAUAGCGAAGUAUUGCAAAGCAAAAAAUAUAGACACAGAGGCACUUGUCACCAGUUUGGCAGAGUAUACGUCAACUGAACUUGGAGGUUGGAUUCGGAAAAAUGGCGGUUGGGAUGCUUUCGAGAAGAAAUUUGCUAGCAAACACGACGACGAUGACAAGGUUUGGAAUGGACUUGCGUGGACACUAUUCGGCCUUGGAACAGCUGGACUCAUCUUCAAAUUUGCGAAGUCCUGAUACUGAGAUAGUGGACAAGGAUAUAUAUAUGUUCUAAAAGAAGCUUGGCUUGCAGUAAUCUAACAUGCACAUUGGUUACACAUCUGCGAUUCACAUACUUGUGUAUAUUGUGUAAAUAAGGUCCUUGUGCCUUGUAAGUACUGUAGUCCGUUCUUAUGCGCAUGUAGAAAAUGCUAGUUCUGCAGUGCAUACUUAUGUGAAAUGGAGGGAUGAGACCAUGGAGAACUGAGAUGGUGCAGGACCCAUGUGCUUUUAAAACCGUGGCAUGUUACAUUGGAAAACUUUACCUCUAACUACCACUUGCUGUGAAAUGAGCUAUUAGCAGGGGGGAUGUUUUCUGCCAUGUUCAGAUGGGAAGCUAGCUAUAGCUCCCUAGAAACGUCUCUGUACCUACCAUGUGCAGCAAGAGCAUGUAUGUUUGCUCCAUAGUCCAGUUAAACUAGGCAGAUGAUUUGUAAAUAUUCUGUUUAAAUAUUGGCGAGUACAUGUAGAGUGAGUUGUAGGUAAGCCAAGUAAAUAUAUUGCUGUGCUUCUGCAAACUCUGGCUUAGGAUGGUUCAGCAAAGGUUCAGCAAUGACUUCCUUUGCGUCUUGACACGUGUAAAUACACUAUCAUACACGCGCAUGCACCUUUGCUCGUGUAAAUAUAACAGUAAAUAUUAGUCCUGGCAUGUUUUGCUGUAGCUCCAAGAAACAGUCGUAUCUCGCGUGAAUGUGUAUUUGCAUUGCUUAUGCAGCUUUCUGCCGAGUCGCGUUGAAAUUUUUAUGAGGCUGUAUCAGACAAAGUAUAAGGUGUGCCAUUCUAAAAUUGAUAGUCUUAGUCUAGUAUCUGCUGAAGAUUAUUUGAACAUGCAUUAUAUACUAUUUCAUGCUUCUAUACUAUUGCGUACUAUGCUACUUCAAUAUUUGUUCAAUGAUGAUAUUGCAGAAUGCGUUUGAGCAGGUCUACAUGGCUCUAUAGUGAAAAGCAGAAACUGCUGCGUCGUAGGCCUUGUAAUAACUACGGUGUGCAAUCAACCAUGAGUAUCGCACCCAGCUAUUUUAAUCUGCUUAAGUUGACAAGACCAAUAGCGUUGCUGGAGGCAACACGGACAUGAGACCAGGCUGACUUACCUGUUGCUAGUCGCAGCGACUAGUCGUGCAUCUGUAAAUGAGAAAGUGUGGCAGAGUUGCGUACAAGUAAAAGAGUACCUUAGUGCUGAUUGCUAGUCUGUGUGUUAGCACAGAUGUACAGGGCAUUUGCAGAGUGUGCGCUAGGUGUUCGAGGUUCAUUGGAUAAUAGAGUUGUUUUUUGUUUGAAGCAUUGUUAUCAUGAAAUGUAAUUCAAAUGUAAAUUGGAAAAUGCUUUGGAAUGUCCAGUCAAAAUAGUUUUCGUUCAUUUUAUGGCCUGUUCUCUCUGGUUCACUGAAUAAUGGAAUAAGGAGUGUUUAUACGAGUGCAUGCCAGUUUUAUCUUACAAACUCAAACAACACUUUAAUCUGAUAACCUGUCCAUGCUAAUCAGUCAACAUCCGGUCCAUAACGACUGUCGAACUCUGUUAGCACGUUGUUGACACGUGUUGAACACCGUUUUUAUGAGGAAAUAGGAGCUACAUGCAUACAUACGCACCCACGCGCACACUGGAUGUUUACCUAGCUUCCCUACCCUACCUUCAGAUAUAAAAACAGUGAUUUAAUCAUUUGUGCUAAAUAUAAAUGCUGUACAUAUAUUAUAGCAGAAGUUCAUGGAAGAAGCUUGAUCUGUAAUAAUGUAUUUUUUGAUUGUAUAGUAAUAAAUGCUUAUAUAUAUGCCAGGAGAUAAUCAUU